AUGAUCUUUCGUAACAGAGACUCAUACUUGGAGACAUUGUACUGUCGAAUCUUUAAGGAUACAUCGCCAAUAUAUUUGAACAUAUCAGUAAGCAAUGCUUUUGGAUCAUCAUUUACAAAGCAACGUACCUCAUCAGUUAAACUAUCGGCUAUUGAUACUGACACAGGAAUAUGCUCGUUAGUAAAGACAGUAUUCUCCCCGUGUUGA